UCUUUUAAUCAAAUCCACUCCUCAAAAGUGCCCCCAAACCCAGCCGAAUCUCUCUCCACUAUUAGUAGAAACCCUUGCCCUGGUCCCAAAAUCACUGCUUCUCACGGUAAGAAAUCCCCGCCAAAAGCAGCCGGCGAGGCCCAACUUAGAGUCAAAACGUAUCUCUUUCGUCCCUCGGCACUCUGUAAACUGUAAAGCUCUCCCCUCACGAGAUCAAUGGACCAUUCUAUGAAACAGUUGCAAGAAAAGCUUAUUGAAGUUGAAAUUGAAGCUGAAAAUCUUUUAUUAGCUCGGCAACAGUUAAUUGAAAAUGAUAGAGUGAGGAAUGGGAACAGGGAAGCAUUAACUGCACUAAGGAGGAGGGCCAAGACGACAAAAACUAGCGUUCCUACACCAUUUGAGUCACUAAUGAGGGAUGUUGAAUCAAGACCACUGGUGAAAGAGGUUUGUCCAACCUGUGGUAAUCAUGAUUCAAAGGAGAAGACUUGGGUCAUGUUCCCGGGAGCUGAUGUAUUUGCCAAUAUCCCUUUUCAUGCUGCUCAUACCAUUCUGGAGAAAGAUCAAAGUCUACUUGAUUACGAAGCGAAGAAACUGCAGAGCUUUGUAAAGGAGAAGUCUUUAUGGAUAUCGGAUCAAGGAGUUCUUGCAGAUAGUAUUAAUCCAGAUGUCCUCAGAUCUAUGGUGACUUUAACUGACAAACCAAAGACUGAGCAGAAUGAGUAAUCAACUUCAGUAAUAUAUUGCAUAUGAAGUAACUCGCAGCAUAUAGCAAGAGAGACUGUUCGGGUGCUUUCAGCAAUUGAAGACCUAAUUUAAAACUGUGAACAGCAAUAUUCUUGACGGUAGUGUUAGCAAUGUAGCUAGCUGGAGAAAUUUUGAGUGGAGUUUAGUCAGUUUGUUUAUCUUCCUGCCGGGGAAUUGACUUGUAAAUCUGAGGUGUAUGCCCCUCAUGUCAUGAGACUUGUUUGUUAACAUGCUAUUAGCAAUACUCUGAGAUAUGUUGUUAGAAACAAAAAAUCAACCAUUAUUCACACUUUUGUAUCAUCACAUUAUGUAGCGCAUUUCCUUCAUCCCAUAAUGUGGACGAGAAUGUUUAUUUCAGAUACCAUGAUUAAGCUUCCAUGGUACCGUUGAGUUUUGAA